GUCAUUUGGCCCAAGUAAAAGAGCAAUCACUGCUAGGAUUCUACUCGUAACUUUGUGAUCCUUGACGGGCCGAAACGUGGAAUUAUCCAGUCGGCAAUAUAAAUGCAAGAGUUAUUUUUUGGAGUUUCAUCGGGGGCUGUCAUCGGUAAACUUCUAACCAUUGUUUGCUCCUGAGGACAGAGUGCCAUGCCCGAGGGAUCCCACUGCGCCACUCAUGACGUCCCGAUGGGCGAAGAGUCGCCUCGGCUGUCCACGGCUUCGGUCAGCAGCAAUGAGCGCUCGUCCACGGCGACGCUGUCGGACUGCGGCGAGCCGGGCGGCGGUGGGGGCGGCCAGCGGCCGGUGAGCCUGGUGUCCACGCUCUCCUCGGGCUCCUCGGGCUCGUCCCGCGACGACAGCCCGCCCUGCGGCGGAGCCCCGCCGGACGUCGACCUCGAGCUCUGCCCGCCGGAACUGACCCCGGGCCAGCAGCAGCAGCGCAACAACAACAACGCGGUCACCACAGCGGCAGAGAGGAGCGAAGAAGCAGGAACAGGAGGAGGAGGAGGAGGAGGAGAAGGAGGAGGAGGGCCGCCGCUCUCGCCGUUCGCCGCCAAAGCCAUGGCGCCCAAUCCCAAGCUCACGUACCUGGACCGCGUCGUCAUGGAGAUCAUCGAGACGGAGCGCAUGUACGUGAGGGACCUGCGGAGCAUCGUGGAGGACUAUCUGGCCCAGAUCAUAGACAUCGGGGACCUCCCCAUACGACCAGAGCAAGUGUGCGCUCUCUUCGGAAACAUCGAGGACAUCUAUGAGUUCAACAGUGACCUGCUUCAGUCCCUGGAGAUGUGCGAUAACGACGCUGUGGCCAUCGCCAGGUGUUUCGUGCUUAAGAGUGAAUACUUUGAGAUCUACACACAAUAUUGCACCAACUACCCAAACUCUGUGGCUGCUCUGACGGACUGCAUGAGGAAUAAGACUCUGGCCAAGUUCUUCCGUGAGCGCCAGGCUGCUCUGAAGCGCUCGCUGCCUCUGGGCUCCUACCUACUCAAGCCCGUCCAGAGGAUCCUCAAGUACCACCUGCUGCUACAGGAGAUCGCCAAGCACUUUGACCCCCAGGAGGAGGGCUAUGAGGUGGUGGAAGAGGCCAUCUACACCAUGACUGGAGUGGCCUGGUACAUCAACGACAUGAAGAGGAAGCACGAGCACGCCGUCAGACUGCAGGAGGUCCAGUCACUGCUCAUCAACUGGAAGGGCCCUGAUCUCACCACGUACGGGGAGCUGGUCCUGGAGGGCACGUUCAAGGUGCACCGCGCCAAGAACGAGCGCACGCUCUUCCUCUUCGACCGCAUGCUCCUCAUCACCAAGCGCCGCGGCGAGCACUACGUCUACAAGACACACAUCUCGUGUUCUACCCUCAUGCUGAUUGAGAGUGCCAAAGACUCUCUGUGUUUCAGCGUCACACAUUACAAGCAUCCCAAGCAGCCUCACACAGUGCAGGCAAGGACAGUGGAGGAGAGGAAGCUGUGGGCCCACCACAUCAAGCGCCUCAUCCUGGAGAACCACCAGGCCAUCAUACCGCAGAAGGCUAAAGAGGCCAUCCUGGAAAUGGAUUCCAUGUAUUCCAAGUACCGUUACAGCCCAGACAGAAUGAAGAAGGCCACUUCCUACCACUCCGAAGACUUCCCCAAUGGCCGCCAAGGCCGACGACAGUCUGAACCAACCAAGCAGAUUCUGAAGAGCACGAAAGCCAUUCUGAAGGAUGAGGAGGAGGAGAGUAAACAGGAGAAUGGGCAGAUCGCGGGACAGGGGGAAACCCAGCAGACCACUGAGGAGUCGUCCACACCUGCACAGGCACCUGAAAUCAUUCUGCAAACUGAGAACUCCAACUCCCAUUCAGAUGUAUCUGAAAAGCCAGCGCAAGAUCCUCCCAUCCAACCGGUGUCGCCCCUCAAAAGUCCUCAAAAGUCACCCGACGACAACCAGGUCCCCCAUAAUACUCCCAAGCAUAAGAGCCUCGCAGGAGACUCCAAGGAGAGCACGCCUGAGAUGGUCCCCAGACAGGAAGAGAGCUCGGGACACACCUCGGAGGAGGACGUAGGGGUGGACGAAGAGGAGGACGAAGACGAGGAAGAGGACCAAGCUGCGGAGGAGGAGAACGAGUCCAGCAUCCUGCCGCCGUCCGUGCUCGGCCAGGCCAGCGCCAUCGCGGAGCACUUUGUCAGCAGCACGCGCCGGAGCAGCAGCACCAUGGACGACGUGCGUUCGCUGGGCUGCCCUUCCCCGCGCAUCCCGAGCCGAACCGGAAGCACGCUCAGCCUGGGCGGAGGGGACGGCGGCCAAGAGCUGUCAACCCACCGCGUGAACAACCACUGCUCCGAAGCCCCCACGGUAAACGUGUCCCACGACGCCGGAGCUGAUGCGAUCAUGUUCUCUCCACACGACGACGCCGUGUUCGACGGAAGCUUCCGCAGGCGGGACUCGACCCUGUCCAAGAAAGACCAGCUGCUGAUGGACAAGAUCAAAGGCUACUAUGAGAACGCCGACUACUUAGACGCCGGCUUCUGCAUCAAGCGAAGGGAGAGCCUCACCUACAUCCCCACCGGCCUGGUGCGCAGCUCUGUCACCAAGCUCAACAGCAUUCCCAAGGACGACGCCGCAGAACGGAAGUCCUCGGUCUCGAACUCUGCGACCGCUCCAGAUCUUUCGCAAGCCCUUUGCGCCGAAAGGCGGGAGCGCAUGGUGUCGAGCACGUCUUUCGACACUCUGGACUUUAGCAAGCGGAGAGUGUCCGAGAAGUCCGACGAUGGGAGCGAGGCGUCUCUGGACGCUUUCAGAGGCAGGAACAGGUGCCAAAGCCUGCGGGAGGUAGGCGUGCCGGACGACCAGUUCAUACCGUCCUCAGAGAUGAUCAGGGUCUGGCAGGAGAUGGAGAAGGAGGUGACCAAGACUCAGGAGGAACCACGGGGCGCCCCCAGACGCAGAGAGGCCUACCGCCUCAAGGUGGCCAGCCCCAACAUGUCUCCCAGCAGGAAAGCCCUGUCUUUGAGAACAUCCUCGGAGAACGACAGCGCGGAACCUCUGAUGAUCUUGGAGGAGUCGGACCUGAGCACCAUCACGGAGGAGUCCAGCUCUCCUUCGCCCGUCAAAGGUCGGGGCGCGGUUCUGGGCCGCUCGUCGAGCUUGAGCGAUUGUCUCCGUCCUCCUCUGUCUGAAGGUCGGGUCCUCAGGGCUCCGGUUCCGAGGGUGAUCCAGCUGAGAGCGGAGGCCGAAAUCGAGGUCCCGAAAGGGGAGCCGGAGCAGAGCGAUGCCGACGCGGCGCAAAGCAGCAAAGUCUUCCACUUGGCGCGGAAGUACAGUCAGCGCAUCAAGUGCACUAAACCGGUGGUCCGUCAGAGAAGCCAGGAAACGGAGGAGACACUGGGAAAGAGGAGCCUUUUAUGUGUGCUGGAGGAGAGACCAGAGAAGGAAAGAGGCAAACCCAACCUGACUCUGUCCUUGGACUCGGUGAACCAUCAGGACAUGUCUUCCAGAGCACAACUUGGCUCCCCCAGUCCUAUCCCCACCCCCACAUCCCUUGGCAGUCCCAGGGUCCUCUCACCGAGCCGGACCGCCUGCAAGAGCCCUCUGAGCCCCACGCCAGUGGAGGGCUUCAACUGGCCGGACGUGCGAGAGCUGCGCUCGAAGUACACCCACCUGGAUAAGGUGGCAGGAUCGCUGCAGCAGCAGCCCCCAGUGGGACGCAGCCACUCCGUCCCAGAGAAGAUGCAGGACUGUGGGCCGCGAAGGCGCUCCAGCUGCUCCAUACACCUGGUUCCCUCGGAAGCUGCGGCGUCCCGGUCACUCCCCAGCCGGGACCCGGAGGGCGCACGGGGCAGGCAGCAUCGUACGGGGUCUCUGGACCAGAGGCUUAGCCACCUGCACUUGGACACGCUGCAGGACCUCCAGAACAAGCCUCCGUGCAGCAGCAGCAGCAGCAGCGGUGGGUACUAUGUCUCGGGAGAAACACCACUGCCCAACGACAAGAAGCUGAUCGUUGUCGAGAAGGUCAACAUCACUUUGGAGCCAGUCGUCGUGAGGAAGGUUCCUACAGAGACGGUAGCCGUGGCCAGUCCACCACCACAGCUUGCGAGAGAGCCGCAGUGGUCGAGGGUGAAGGAGGACGCGGACGACAGUUACGUUCAGAUCCGCUCCCCCACCUCCCGCGAGAAGAUCUCCAUCAUGGCCGUCAUCGACCGCUGCCGCGCCUAUCAGGAGUCCGAGGAGUACAGGCUGAGGGAGGAGAGCGCGGCAAAGGCUGAGCAGCAGGCCAACAGGAGCGCCAAAGGAAAGGACGGUGACAAGCUGGUGCCCUCGAGUGACCAACUCGACGAGGCGCUGAAGACCGCCAUCGACUCGGGCAGGAAAGCGGACAUGAGUCAGCAGAACGUGGUGAAGAACCUCCGAGAACGGUUCCUCAACCUGAGAUAAAGACUUUUUUUUUUUUUUUUUUUUAAACAAGGUUUAAGGUUUCUGUCUUUCAAAGAAGAAACACCACAUACUCUUUAAACGUGGCCCAUUCCCCAUGGUCUGGUUGUGAAGGUCCUCUUACGUUUUUGUGUGAGUGAAUUCCAAAAUUAGACCCUAAAGAUGACUAAAAGCCUGCGAAUUAGUUAUACAUAAGUGUCAAUUGGCUGGUGUUGAUUGGUGUUGUUUUGGCUUAAAGUCUACCAUGGAUGCAAUAGCAUAUACCGUAGCUUACUCGCUUAGCUUGAAUGUGCACACAUACCAUACAUCCAUGUGAAAUUUCGACACCUUGAAAUUCCGGUGUCAACUGUUUGGAUGAUUCUUGUUAAAAUUACAAUAUGUAGUUUGUGUAGUGAAAGGGGUAAAUAUGCCUUCUUUUCAAUGGUAAUGCAACUCUGAAGGUGCAAUAAAGAUGGAGUAGUUAUCUGUGUUCCCAGUGCAUGCCAGGCACCUUGCUUAGUAGUUUCAGGGGGUUAUUGUAAAAAAGAUGCAAUUCACAGUGAUAUCGAGAAAAAAAUUCUUAUAUCUUAUAGCUUUCUGUAGUGUUUCUAGAUACACACAUCGAUAUGAUUUUCGUCUUAAAAUCUGAGAGAAGUAGAAGAGGAAUGUAUGGAGACAAUAAGAAAGACUUUUCGUCUUAGUGCAUGAUGUCAUAUGGACUGUAAAUAGGCACAGUACUGUACAGAUGUAUAUUCUCCCCAUUCUAAAAAACAUGUACAUAUCUCCUAAUCGUGCCACAAAGGCCAACUCGUUUGUUAAUUGGGGAGGAUACACCAAGACAUUCCCUUUUCUGUUUUUACAUGUGCUUUUCUGUUUGAUUGUGUUGUAUCGGAGAGCAGCAUUGCGAUGUUCACACAUGAUCCCCACUCCAGUCUGGGUUUACUUAACAGUACUAGAGAACUAACACCAGACUUGCUCAUGUGAUGGGAGUCUUAGUUCCAAGCUCACUGCAAGACCAAAGGGUUGUCGAUAACCAAAGAUUCACUUUUAAGUAAGAAAUUCACAAGAUCUUGUGAUUGUAUUCCCGUGUUUUACUUUAGAGACUGUGGUUGAUGUCUAUCUUGUUUUCAUUUGAAUCCGGGUCGCCCUUAAAUGAUUCACUUCAAGUCACCUUUCAGAACCUUUGUUGUUCUCAUGCCAAUCUGAACUCCCAGCAAGUAAAAGUUUUUGUUGAAAACUUGUGACAGUGACAAAAUAAUUAUAAAAGGGGCCAAUCCUUAUUUUUUUUUCACCUGAUAAAUGGCAACUUUUAUUUUGUCUUUGUCUUUCAAGGCUAUUUAUUCAUUUUGUAAGGAUAGUCAAAGUGUUUGGCAUGACAUGUCCUUAAUUUACAACUUCUUAAUUUGAAUAUGUUCCUAAGCAUUUGCACAAUGAUAAUGUACAGCGUUUUUAAACUGACCCUGCUUUAAAUGAAUUUAUUAUUAUAUCAGAGUGCUGGACACAUAUGUAUGUUGCUUCAUUAGCCAGUGGUUGAGUGGACAUGCUAUAUCACAAACUCUAGAUUUAGCAUUCACGUUCCUGUAUCCUAGCUAGCAGGCCUGUGCUCGUAGUGAGGAAGAUGCUUGCAUUAUAUAUGCCAUACUUACACUAUGGUAGGUUCAUACAGUAGCUUGCACGUCACUGCAGUAGCUAGGGGGGGGGGGACGAAGCCUGAAACAUGUCCUUUUUAACAGUAGGUAAGGCUGCAACCACUCUAUUUUAAUACUGUUCAAGCUGAAAUGGCUUUGUAGAUCCCAAGCUAUGGGUCUUUACUGUGCUUUCUCCUUUGUUUUCUCUUUUUUUCCUUUCUCUCUUUCUGUGUGUGUGUGUGUGUGUGUGUGCGUGUGUGUGUGUCAUUGUUAUCCUCUCCUCUUUGACUGUACACAUUUAUCUUUCUGUUAUUUAUUAAGCUGGUGUAAAUUUCAUAUACAUAUAACUGUCUCUUUGUUUGUGUGAGUGUGUGUGUGUCCCCUGUAUAUAUAAAUAUAUAUGAAUAUGUAUAACUGAGUCAGAAUGAUAGGAAGCUGUACCGUGUCCAGUUUCUGCACAGAAAUUCUUGUAAUUCUUAGAGUGGAUGUAUGCUCCAUAUUAAAACCAAGUCUGCUUGAGAAUUA